AUGGCUUCAAGGGAAAAACCCUGUGACAUUAUACAAAAGGACAUAAAGGGUAUAACAGAAAGUCUUCAAGUGGAGCAGAAGCUGAUCGUGGAUGCAGCAGGCUCCCACCUGCUCCUCACACAUGGAAAGUGUUACUUCCUGAGUCAAAUAAAGAAUCCAGAAGAAGAGAAAACUCCCAAACAGAGUGCUCCAGAAGAGGCAAAGAAAGGUGUUUCAGAAGAGAGAAGUAAGGCACUGGAGGAUAUUCUCUCUAAAUUAAAAUUACUCAAGCAAAAAAGCAAUAAACUCACUCUACAAGAAACCCUUGAAAUCGGUUCUGGAAGUCUAAAGCAAUGCACUCCUCAUAACCUGGAAGACCUCCCAUGGCAUUUUCUGAGGAAGGUCCUGGCAUUAAAUGUGACCGCCCGAAACACAAGCCUGGAGCAGGGAACAACUGAUGGAGAAUGUCUGAGAGGAGUGGAAAAUGAAAAAAGCAUAGAGGAUAGCAUUUUGAUCAUUCCUGAGAUAGAUACAAAGCAGUCCAUGAACCCCGUUGAUGUCCUUUGCGCUCUUCUGCUUUGUUCAAAUACUUUCCUUCUACAAGAGAUCUUCUCCAAAAUGUCCCUGUGCCAGUUUGCCCUGCCUUUGCUUUUGCCAGCCUUAGAAGCACCCAAGGGCACCCUGAUGCUUUGGGCCAUGAGAGACAUUGUGAAGAAAUGGAGGCCCCAUUCCCUGGCUGGAAGCAGAGGCUUUAGAGAAGAGAACCUGGUGCUCAUCUCUAUGCCAGUAAUUUCCUUUGUGAGGCUAGGCAGCUCCACUUGCUCCAAGUCCAAGCUCCUCAAUGAUUUUCUCAGCCCCUCUGAACAGUACCAUGACUUCUUCAUACACAGAGACAUGGAGGGUGGGAACAUCCCUCGAGAAAUUGCUGAUGGGUUGGUAGAAAUUGCCUGGUAUUUUCCAGGAGGCCAAGAAAACUCCGAUCUCUUCUCAGACCCAGUUGCAGUUACAAAUUUACGUGGAGAUGUUGAGUCAAACUGGGUGCAGUUUAGUUUUCUGUCAGAGGUUUCUACUGCUCUGUUUAUAUUUGCUGAACACAUAAGUGAGAGAGAGUAUAACUUGUUGUCUUUAUUGAAAGAAUCAUCCACUCAGUAUUAUUUCAUAAUCGAACAUGAUGGUAGAAAUACCAGGGAAACUUUGGCUUUUUUAAAUAAAUUGGCUCCAGUGCUUAAGCUUAAGAGUUCACAUAUAUUGCCCAAAGCUGCCACAACUAAUAAAGCAGACUUUGUGGGAAAGCUGCGAUCUACUGUCAGAAGAAUCAUCUGCUCUUCUCACAAAAACCUCAGUGUCCAAAACAUGGCUGAUGUGGCCCGUGAGCUCAGCAUCUGGGUGGAUGAGGACUCCCAAGAUUGUCAGAAUGGUCUCCAAUCUGCUGAACAAAUCACACAAAAAAUAAAAGAUGUUGCAGAUUACAAGAAAGUAAUGUUGAAACUCCAAGGUGAUGUCUGGAAAAAUCUGGCAGUAGUGGAGAAAGAGCUGUGCAGAAUGGAAAAACAAGGGGCCAAGCCUUCUGAAGAAUACAGAUCUGAACUGAUAGACAGAUCAUUGAAACUACGUGAACAGCAACACAAAUGUCAGCCCACCAUUGCUUUAAAUAAUUUCAUUGAUGGCUUAAUACGUUUGAGCCCAAGAAAGAAGCACUACUUUUUGAAAUGGAUGAAGUUCAACUUGGAUUCUGUUGCUAGGGAGAAUCUUUUGAGGUUGCGGGAUGCCUACAAAGAGAAAUGCAAGACUUUAAAAAAUGAUGGCCAGACAAUUGUACAGAUAGAUCGACAGAUAGUCUCCUCUUCCUUGGGAGUUGAACAUUUCCUACGUGAGUUAGGGCAGUUUUAUGAAGCAGAAUAUUCAGUGGUUAAAGAAGGAAAAAUGGCAAAAUCCAACAGGAAAUUUGUCCAUUUCCCAAAUAUUGCAGCUGAUUUGAUGCUGGAAGGGUUUCCUUUAGAGCUGAUUGAUGGAGAUGCUUCCAAUAUUCCCUUGCAGUGGAUAACAGAUAUCCUGACUGAACUCAAUGAGAAACUAAAAGGGCAGUCCAAAAUGAUCGUGGUAACUGUGCUGGGUGUACAAAGCACUGGGAAAUCUACUUUGCUCAACACCAUGUUUGGACUACAGUUUCCUGUUAGCAGUGGUCGAUGCACACGAGGUGCCUUUAUGACGCUCCUUAAAGUCAGUGAAGACAUGGGUCAAGAGCUUGGCUGUGACUUCCUUCUGGUGAUAGACACAGAAGGCUUGAAAGCUCCAGAACUUGCCGAAUUAGAAGAGAGCUAUCAGCAUGACAAUGAAUUGGCCACUCUUGUGAUUGGGCUGAGCGACAUCACCAUAGUGAACAUGGCCAUGGAGAAUGCCACUGAAAUGAAAGACGUCCUGCAAAUUGUAACCCAUGCUUUCCUCAGGAUGAAGGAGAUUGGUCAAAAACCCAACUGCCAGUUUGUUCACCAGAAUGUCAGUGAUGUUUCUGCCCAUGACCAGAACAUGAGGGACAGGAAACGCCUUUUAGAACAGCUCAAUGAAAUGACUCAGGCAGCAGCCAAAAUGGAAAAAGUUGACAGAAAUACCAAAUUUUCACAUAUUUUGGACUAUGACCCAGAGAUGAAUAAUUGGUACAUCCCAGGUUUGUGGCAUGGAGUCCCACCAAUGGCUCCAGUUAAUAUGGGGUACAGUGAAAAGGUAUUUGAGUUGAAGCAGCACCUAAUUAAAUUCAUAAGGAACCGCUCAGAAAAAACGUCAUGCAAGGACAUCCCAGCAUUUAUUGAAUGGUUGAAGAGCCUGUGGAAUGCUGUGAAACAUGAAGACUUCAUCUUCAGCUUCCGCAACAGCCUCAUAGCUGAAGCUUAUAAUAAUCUUUCUGUAAAAUAUUCUGAAUGGGAUUGGAGUUUUCGCAAAGAAAUGCAUUUCUGGGUAUCUGAACAGGAAAAUAAAUUGCAGAAUGUUUUUCCUCAGAUUGAUCCAUCCAGGUUGAAAUGCGAGCUUCAGCAGAAGUUAUCAACUGAGGAAGAGAAGAUUUUGAAGAAUUUGGAUCAAUACUUUGAAAGUGGAGCAGUAAACAUUCAUCUAGUGGAAAGGUACAGAGAAGAUUUUGUCAGGAAUGCCAAUAGUCUGAAGAAUGAACUUAAAAGCUCUUUGUGUAAGAAAUUAGAUGAUGCCAUUGACAUUAAAAAGGGACAGCAUAAGAUAGAGUCUCUUCAAACUGAAUACUUGAAAACAAUUGAAGGGAAAGUUGACCAGCUUCUUGAAGAAUGCAGAAGGAAAGAGCAUGUUGUAGAAGAGCAGGAAUUGAAAAGAGAGUUUGAUCAAAUGUGGAAAGAAACAUUGUCAGAAUUACCUCUUGUUCACCUAGAAGAACGUGAUAUUUAUGCAGAUGUUGAAUUUUAUCUGAGAAAGCAUGUGGAAUCUCAAAGUAAACUAGUCACACAAAAAUUAAGUAAAAAGGGGGGUUUAAGAAAUUAUAGACUAAACACUUUCCAAAUAAAUAAUGAAUAUAUAGAAUCAAUAUGGCAGAAAUAUGGAGUUCCUCAUUCAGAACAAUAUUUGCUGAAGAUUGCAAUAAAAGAACUCUCUAUUGCAUUGAUAUCCAAGUGCAUUUCAUAUAUUGAUGAAAAGGUCAAUUCCAGAAGAGAUUAUGUUUCAACAUACUGUGGAGAACUUCUCUGUCUGAUCAGUCAGAAGCUUCAAGAGAGUCAUGUUCAAAAAUUUGUUGCAAUGCCUAUCUUUGAAGUAGACCUGAAGCUUCACAUUUUAGGAGAAGCAGCUUACAAAUUCCAGCAAAUGCAUAAGGAUUUCAUUAAGGAAAAUGAUCCCCAGAGAUGCUUGGAGAAACUGAAGCCUCAUUAUUUUUCCCUGUUCAAAGAUCUUUAUCAGGAAAAAGAUGCUCAGCAAAUCAGAGCUAAAGACUUUUGUGACAGGUGUCUCCAUCCCGCCUUAGAAGAUCAUAUCAACCAAAGACUUGGGAUCGAAAUAGUAGAUAAAUUCCGUAACAGUGAGCAAUCCAUUGAAUGUUCUUGUCGGAAUUUCUUUCAGUUUACAAUCUUAAAGGAGCUGCUGGAUGAGUGGAAAUUUGACCAAUAUGUGAAAUACAUUAGAAACUAUGAAGAGUUUGUCAAAAACUGGAUUUGGAAACGAAUGAAGGAUUGCUAUAUCAAAAAAGAGAAUUUGAAGAACCUGGAGGAAGACAUUAUGUCAGGAAUACUACGAAAAAUUAAGAACACUCUGAACAUCCUGAAAAACAAAGAUGUUACAAGUUUAUCUGAAUUUGUGGACAAUUUUUGUCUGGAACUGCAAAAGGACUUGGCCAUAUCUAAGGGUAAUCUAGUGGGCUUAGAGUUUAGUAGUGCAUUUGAUCCUGGCCAAUUUUCUGCUUAUGUUGAGAAUUUUCUCCUUGAUUUGCAAAAACAGAUACUCUCCAAACUGGAUUUUCUGGAUAUAGCAUCCAAGCUUUCAAGAUUAUCUGUGAAGCCCCAGGAUGAGAUCUUCAAGCAAGUGUUUGGCUGCGGGAAGCAGUGUCCCUUCUGCAAAGUUGCCUGUGAAGCUGGGGGUGGUGCCCACAAGGAGCAUUUUGCAGCAGUCCAUCGGCCUCAAGGACUGGGAGGAUGGCGACUUCAUCAAAUAGAAACACUUUACUAUAACAUGUGUUCCACUGAUGUGGCUUCAAACCAGGAGUUCUACUGUCCAGAAAAAGACUAUCAGCUUCAUCCAUACAAAGAUUAUCGUGUGUAUUAUCCAGAUUGGCACAUUCAACCAGAUCCCAGUAUUAAUGCUUCAGAUUACUGGAAGUUUAUUUUUAAAGAAUUGAAUCAUGACUUUGCCAGAGAAUAUAGGGCUAAACCAGCAGAUCUACCAGAGGACUGGAAGACAAUAACCAAAGAACAGGCUUUCCAAGCCUUGAAGGAAUCUUACAAUAUGAAGUAAAUAUAAUUCUUCUGAAUAAUCACUAAAUAAACAGAUUUGCCAGAAGACUGGGAGAACAGGCUCUGCAAACCUUGAUGGAAUCUCAUAAUAUCAAGUAUACAUCCAUCGCUUGAACAAAUUAUUUUAUAUUAAAGAGCAUUUGUUUCAAAGACUGACCUUCAUUUCUCUCUUGUACGUAAUAUCCUUAUAAAAACCUGAUGUUGUAACCAGAAUGCCAUGUAUGAAAUUAUUCUGCCCAUUAGCAAGACUGGAUUAGUAAAUCAGUAAAGGAUCCUUUGGAAGAUGAAGAACUGAUAAUGUGUUACUCCCAAUUACCAGUAGCAGUCAGCAACCCAAAUGCCCAUUCCCGUUUACUGAAAUAGUGUAACUGCCUGCCAAGUAUGCAUCCUUGACUAAAUCGGGAUGAGGCUCCUUCCUCUUUGUUGCCAGAUGUGUGUCUCUGUGGAAUUUAGAUCUCUGGGAGGCUGAAGGAAAUUCUUAUUUAGAGCAUUUUUGCAGUGAUCAAUUGGCCUAUGGAACCAGGAAAAUAUUAAGAAAUAAAACUGGAAAGCUGUGUUCAUGAUUUCUGUUCCAAUGCUGUUGUUUCUUAGGAUGUUAUCACAAGUGAGGAACUUCUCUUAAUUUUGAAUGAAAAGAAAGUGGGGCCAUAAUGCAUUUACGUGAAUUCGCUAGUUUAGCGAAUUUACAUGAAUGAGAAUAGGGUUCGAACUGGUUUCCCGUUGCCUGAAAAUAGCAUGCCAUUGCCUGAAUUUGCAUGUGAUCAUCUCUCACGCAAUAAUGUUAAACCCCAUGAUUGCGUUCAGAUUGCUACUGGAUUAUACUUCCAAUUUCCCUUGUCUGAUAACGUCCUUACUUUGCAGUCAAAAAGCAUGCCACAAAAUGGGAUCUUGUCAGAACCUGCAGUCCUGGCAUGUACUUUACUUAAGCUUUGUAGUUUGGAAGUGCAGGAUGAUGGGUUGUAUUACACUGUUCCCAUUAUAUAGGAAAGGAAUGCACUAACAAGCAGAUGUCUGGGGAGUAGAGAUGUUGCUAGAAGUGUCAAGCUCAGUCCCAUGAGGAGGGCUGGAACAGGGCUAGUGGAAACAGUAAGCCUGGGAACUUGGAUUGUUUUGAUGUAUGUGUGAAUAAGGCACAAGCUCACACAAAUGUUUGAAUGAUUCUGUGCUUUUAUUAUACUGUAUAAUCAAAAGUGUUUUAGUCCUAAUAACAAUAUCAUGCUGUGUGUUU